UCUCAUUCAGAUCUAAAGAUAUCAGAGUCCAUUUAUCAACAAUGAAAUCUCAAGUUUCAUUGCUCUCUCUUUUGGUGGUCUCCAUUGUUUCCUCAGGGGCUCAGUCGGCUACAUUCACUUUCACGAACAAAUGCCCCUUCACAGUUUGGCCCGGAACCCUAACCGGCGGUGGCGGUGCACAACUAUCCUCAACCGGGUUCGAGUUAGCAGCCGGUGCCUCCUCAACUCUAGAUGUCCCUGCCCCAUGGUCCGGCCGCUUCUGGGGCCGGACUCAGUGCUCCACAGACUCAUCGGGAAAGUUCACCUGCGCCACCGCAGACUGCGGGUCAGGUCAAGUCGCAUGCAACGGCGCUGGUGCAAUUCCACCGGCGUCGCUGGUGGAACUGACCCUAGCAGCGAACGGCGGCCAAGACUUCUAUGAUGUUAGUCUGGUUGAUGGCUUCAACGUGCCUAUUCAACUGGUUCCACAAGGUGGCUCCGGUGGGUGCAGUGCCACGAGCUGCGCCGCCAAUGUCAAUUCAGUUUGUCCCGCAGAGUUGGCUGUGAAGGGAUCAGAUGGCAGUGUGAUUGCUUGUAAAAGUGCGUGUUUGGUUUUUAAUCAGCCUCAGUACUGUUGCACCGGCGACCAUGGUACACCGCAAACCUGCCCUCCGACUGAUUAUUCGAAGAUCUUCAAGAACCAGUGCCCCCAGGCUUAUAGUUAUGCUUAUGAUGAUAAGUCUAGCACUUUCACAUGUAACGGAGGAGCUAAUUAUGUGAUUGCUUUUUGUCCUUGAGCUUAUAUGAGUGAACGGAACAUUAUAUUUAUUGUUCGUUGUUCACCAAUAGAAUA